UUGAUCGAUAUUUUCUGGGUCAUUGAGCAGCCCUUGAGCUCCCUCUUCAACUACACCUGCUUCUUCCAGAGGCUGGUCUCCCACUGCAAAGCGGGCCAGGUGACCGCGUGGCUGGGGGCCUAUGGCAGCAGCACGCCCAAGCCGAUCAAGCUGUUCUUCACCACGGGCUGGGGGGGGAAGCUCAGGCGCACCAAGCCAUCCGCUGGCUUACUCCCCAGCCUUGUGCAGUGCGUCGUCACUGAAGAGGGGUUCGUUCAGGUCAAUGGCCGCCACUCGCAACUGAGGACCAGCAGCGCGUACCCCGGGAGGUUCGGCACAACCGUCGCAGUUUUGGCGCGCAUGCAGCUCAUGAGGAUCUAUACGCUUGAGGACGCCAAUGGGCCCCCCUUGGACUCCCCUGGUUCCUGGACCAUCGAUCUUGAUCCAGAGUCAGAGUGCGAUGACGAGUGA